GUUAUUUUUUUUCCUACCGACGGAAACUCGACGAGAUACGGAGUUACACACUCUUGUGAGGAAGGCGCCCAAGCGCUACUACUGCUGUGAACUGGGCGAGGACAAGGACAGCGACCCAGACCCAGAGGACAGCCGGGUUGUUCAGGAACACCAACACACGAGCAUGACUUCCAGAUUAGCUGUAUGGCAGUGCGGACUAGUAUUCCUGGUGGCAUGCUUGCCGCGACAGGCCAGCUCGUUCCUCUUCUGCCCCACGGUACCGAGUGCCGCCUCUCGACCAGCCCGAGCAUCGACCACCACUGCCGCCGCACCCGAGGGUGAUGCCUCGGCCCAGGAGGGCACUACCGCCACCCCGCCGCCGUCUCUCGACCGUUCCGCCCCCCUCUCCUUCAUCGCCAAGAACAACGUCAACCUUGAUGGGGACUUCCUCUCGAACAAGGAGGGAGAGCCGACGGCGGAGGAGCUCUCGAACGAGAACCUCAUCAAGAUCGUGGCCGAAAAGAGCACGGACGAGGAAGUAAAUGUCAUCGUGUGGAAAUGCUUGGGCUACCGGUACGACGCUGGUGAGGACGCGUGGAAGGCCGUAAAGGUGUUUCCUCGAUGGGAGGCCAUGUACCCGGAACCCCCCGAUCUCCUGGGGGUAACACGCGUGUACGAGAAGAGUGUCGAUAAGCCCGUCCUAAAGGCCGUGCAGGCCCUGAUCAGGGCCGUCCCUUCGGAGCAUAAGCGUUGCAUCGUGGAACAGCUGAGACCGAUAGGAUUUACAGGCCUGACGCUGGACGAGCUGACUCCGAACAGAACACGCAGGGCCCAGGUGACAAACUUUCUGCUGUAUUUCCGAGAUCAACUUUGGGGUGUUCCCUUGGAAGAGGUCGAGCGACGUAGAGUGGAGAGGAUCGAAGCGGCCAAACGGGAGGCGGAGGCCGGAAAAGAAGCUGGAGCGUAGCCGUUGACGAACGAUGGGCUAUAACAGGGCCUCUCCGAUACACCGCUGCUGCGUAGGCGAUGGGCAAUGAGAUGGUCGUUGCUUGCAGUAUCGUCGCACUUGGUACUGCAGGGCUUGGGUUGCCGUCGUUCGAAGGGCGAGCUGCAUGCUGAAUUCACGCCUGGUGCUUCGAUGCCGAGAACCAUGACUGGGUGUACGAGGCCUUUUCGAAAGAUAGGUGUGUACGCAACACGCGUGUGGUGGAUACGUUCCUAGAAGGUCCACAUCAGCGAUGGUAACUUCCCACCUCGGGGUACAGAAAGUUCAGGAUAUUCCAGCGGUUCGGCCGACCUAACAGGCAGAUAGAGGAACCGAAUCGCUUUGUCGCAGCCAGCCACCGUCCGUUGAUGGUCCAGCCACCGCUGUUGGGAGGAAUAAUCUGGCUUGCUCUCGAAGUUCCAUGGGUAAACGGUGGAUGAUAAUCGAAUCGAAAGCAAAUGUUGCAACCUGUCGCUCGCGUGGACCACGACAAUGUUUUCGAGAUCACUAUUCACUAGUGGCAACGAUGAGGCCAACAUGAAAGACAACGAGGAAAGUUCAUGAUGCCGGGAAAAAAUAAGGAACGAAAAAAUGUGCUCAAGCAGGGGAUCG